UCCGAGCGAACAAGAUGAGUCACCAGCAACUCUACUGGAGCCAUCCGAGAAAAUUCGGCCAGGGUUCCCGUUCUUGCCCCGUCUGCUCAAACGGGCACGGUCUGAUCCGGAAAUAUGGCCUCAAUAUGUGCCACCAGUGUUUCCGUCAGUACGUGAAGGACAUCGGCUUCAUUAGGUUGGACUAAGUGAACUUCCAUGAAUGAGCCAUUCAAGACAUCUACCUUACCACAGAAUGCUAUCUCUUUG